AUGAUCUUAGGGCCUCAAAUGAUUGAAGAUAUAGUCGAGCAAGUGAAGGAGAUUCAAGCUAAGAUUCAAGCUACACAGGACCGUAAAAAGAGUUAUGCAGAUUUGAAGCACAAGGAAGAAGAGUUUGAAGUUGGUGACAAAGUGUUGUUGGAGGUGUCACCAAUGAAAGGUGUCAUGAGAUUUGGGAAGAAAGGGAAAUUUAGCCAAAUUAAGAAGGAACCUGAUAAGUCACAUGUGCUACAGCCUAAAACAAUUGAAUUAGAUCAAAGCUUAACUUAUGAGGAAAAACCUGCCAAGAUUUUUGACAGUAAAGUGCAUAGUACACGCAAUAAGGAAUUUAAGAUUGUUAAAGUGCUAUGGUCUAACCAAGAGUACGAAGAAGCAACUUGGGAAGCUGAGGAUGAGAUGAAAAAGAAAUACCCUGAGUUAUUUGAGGUUCUUCUUUUUCCUGCACUAUCUUGGCUAAAUUACCUAUAUUGA